UGUAACAGCGACAUGGAGCGGGACCGUGAUCGUGACCGGGAUCGUGAGCGUGAUCGCAACGCCGUGACCGAGCGCGACGUGAAACCGCUGGAACCGCGCGAUCUGUCCGCGACGCGCCUGUUCACCGCGACGCAGAUCAAAAUCAGCACCUCGCCCACCACCUCGCCCACCAUCUCGAAUUCGUCGUCGCCCACGCCCACCCCGCCCAUCCCGGCCGGCUCGCCCGCGGUCACCGGCGUCGGCAGCGGGUAUCACCACGCGAACCACAAGCAGAUCACCGGCAUCCCGUGCGUUGCCGCCGCGUCCAAGUACACGGCCCCGGUGCACAUCGAUGUCGGCGGGACGAUCUACACCAGCUCGUUGGAAACUUUAACCAAAUAUCCCGACUCGCGGCUAGCGAAACUGUUCAACGGCUGCAUCCCGAUCGUGCUGGACUCGCUGAAGCAGCACUACUUCAUCGACCGCGAUGGGGGCAUGUUCCGCCACAUACUCAACUUUAUGCGCAACUCCAAGCUGCUGGUGUCGGAGGACUUUCCCGACCUCGAGCUGCUCCUGGAGGAGGCCAAGUAUUUCGAUAUUGUUCCUAUGAUCAAACAGAUAGAGCAUCUCAAAAAGGAACGCCAACGCAGCGGGAACGGCAUCCCGCCCUUCGGGGGCAGCCGGAGCAAGUGCAAGGCCGGGGCGCAGGACACGACGAACCACGACGUGGUGGCGCUGCACGUUUCGCCCGACCUCGGCGAGCGCAUCCUGAUCUCGGCCGAGCGUGCCGUCCUGGACGAGGUGUUCCCCGAGACGAACCAGGCAAUUCUGGACGCCCGGACCGGCGCCGCCUGGAACCAGUUCGACGGCCGGCAGGUGAUACGGUUCCCGCUCAAUGGCUACUGCAAGCUGAACUCCAUCCAGGUGCUGACCCGGCUACUGAACGCCGGCUUCAGCGUCGAGGCCAGCACGGGCGGGGGCGUCGAGUCGCAGCAGUUCUCCGAGUAUCUGCUGAUUCGCAAAAGUUCGAUGUGAUAAAAUCCAUUUGCCAUGCUGCCCUGCCCAGGCAAGGCUGGCCGUUCGUCGUACGGGAGGUCCGCUACCUUCAGGAUCCCACGCACCUGCUCGAUCGCACCGUUCACGAAUGGGACAGAUCGCAAUAGCAGCCGGGAUCGUGAUCGCCAUGAUCGUUACAUUUAAAGUCUAAACCCCCACGCAUAGUGAAGUCUGCUAAGAACGGCUCAAUUUUAACAAUGUUCUCCUUCCGCAAGACGGACGUCGUAUCACUGUAUCAUUGUCCCGAGGCCGCUUCAGAAAAAGGCCCGCAAAUGUCACAACCAUACACACACACAUGCAUUCCUUCCCAUUCAUCAGAACCAUCCUCCCAGGACAAACAUAUGAAAUACGUACGCAAAUAUUCGAUGUAAGUAAGAACCCGAUGUAAGUGAAACUUAGCAUAAAAUCUAGUUAAUUAUAUUAGUAGCGGUAUCCCUCACAUACAUUUAUGUUACCUCUUGUAAUU